UCAAUGCAGCGAAUACUUGUUCAUGGUGGCUUUUUAAUUAUUGUCUCCCGUCCUCUCUUCUCCCCUUCACCUCCCACAGCUAUGUGAAAUGGCAUCAAACCCGCCGAUUUUCCGGCAAUCCUCCGGUGGAGAUCCGAUAGCGAAUCACCGUUCAAGUCUCUAGGGAGAGACAGAGUAGGGAGGCAGACGGUGGGAUGGAGAAGAUUGAGAGUGGUGAGGAGCAAAGUGGUAGCACCAGCGAUGACAGGAGAAAUCCGCCACUCACACCAAGAAAGAGAUCUGCGGAAUCCGACGAGGAAAACAGCGUGUCGAAGAAGAGUUCGGAGCCGCCGGCGGAGUCGAGUGGCGGGAGAAGUGGAUCCGGCGGUGGAACGGGCUCCGUUCGGCAGUAUGUCCGGUCGAAAAUGCCUCGGUUGAGGUGGACUCCUGACCUCCAUCUUUGCUUCGUCCAUGCUGUAGAGAGACUUGGUGGUCAAGACAGGGCUACACCCAAAUUGGUUCUUCAAUUGAUGAACGUAAAGGGACUGAGUAUUGCUCAUGUCAAGAGUCAUCUCCAGAUGUAUAGGAGCAAGAAGAUCGAUGAUUCUGGGCAAGUCAUAGCUCAAGGGGAUAGAGACCAUAACAGUAGGAUGUUCGUGGGAGGAGGAGGGAGAGAGCAUGCCAUGUACUAUACAGGAAGGGGAGAGUUUAGAAUGGACAAGACCGGGUUUUUUGCUGCAGGCAGGAAUAUUCUGCCGUCGUCGGAGCAUCAUCAUCAUCUGUAUGGGCUCCUGCAGCGGCCUAUGAUCCAGCAGCCCUAUGAUCUGAAACCCAAUACUUUCAGAAACCCGGAUUGGAUUUUCAAGCCCUACAUCGGUGGUCAGCCUGUACAUACGAGAUCACCAGCUAGCCUACUGACAAGAAUGGAAAAGCAGCAAGGACCAAGCCCAACACCUGAAGUCCAUGGAUACCUCCCAGAUUCCAUCCACAGGAACCCUAGCAGCAAGACGACCACCCCUCACUUCCUUCACACGAAGGACGCGUUCUCGGCAGAUGGGUCUCUCAGGUUCAGCAAGUUGCUUGAAGAAAGAAAGCACCCCUACCUUCACAAGCAGCUGAACGAAUACUUCAGCCAUGAUCCACCAAGCGAAGCACAAAACCGUGACGGUAAAACUACCCUCAAUUUUGAUCUGAACCCGCCCUCCCAUGCCUUGCCCGUUCAGCAGCCUAACUCUCUAUCGCCUUCCACCUUCAUCAUUCAGAAUCCGAGCCUUGAGCGGCUGAAUCCGACGUUGGGAGCGGAGAGUAUCAAAGAAGAACAGAUCAACGGUGGAAGGGAGAAGAGGAGGGUGGAGAGGUUGCCCAAUCUGCAGCUAACACUAAGUCGAAGUUCGGGAGAUGAAGAGGAAGAGAAUGCCAAGAGUGGUUCUCGUGAGAAUGAGGAAGAGUUAGACGAUUCCCUGUCGCUCUCCUUAUUCUCGUCUUCAUCUCCUGCAUCCAAGAAACAAGCACAAGGCAACAAAGACGCCAUGAGAACUGGUUUUCAUUUCUUUCAAGCAGACAACAGCAAGCAGGCCGCCGGGAGGCUGAGUACUUUGGAUCUGACCAUGUCGAUUGGAGCAUUGGAGUGAGAUCUUACAGUACUUGUCUCAAAGGCCUGAGAUAGUUUACUUUCCUUUUCUUUCUUUUCUUCUUCCUUUAAUCUAUCUUAUUUUUGUUUCUUCUUCACUAUCUUCCCCCUCUUGUAUUUCGAAAAAUAAGAAA